GGAUAAGCCGAUAAGCCAAACGCAGCAUGGCCCAAGCGCUCGCUUCAAACGCAGACAGAGGGAGACGCAGAGCUCUCCAUUUCUGAGCAAUGGCUUCUUCUUCUUCUUCAACGCUCUCUCUCUGCUCUUCCUUCACUUCUCAAUGCAGGAUUUUCCAUCAUCAAAACCCUUGCUUUCCUUCUAAAACUCUCUCUCUUUCUAAGCCCAACUUUGGCUUUCUCUCCAAAACUCACACACUCACCUACACUAGACCCUCAUUUUUACCCGUUCCCAAAUCCUCUGAAUCCGAAGCACCGGUUCUUGAGGUCGAAGCUGAUCAAAUUCAGUCCCAGCCUGAGCCGGAAUCUGAACCUGAACCUGAACCUGCUUCUGCUGCUAUUGUUGAUGUUGCCAAGGAAGAGCCCAAGCGUGAGGAGGUUUUUGCUGUUGUUAUGAUUGGGUCACGCCAAUAUAUUGUCAUCCCAGGGCGGUAUAUUUAUGUCCAGAGGCUGAAAGGUGCUAAUGUCAAUGACAAGAUCGCUUUGAACAAAGUGUUACUGGUGGGAACCAAAACAAGCACCUAUAUUGGAAAACCAGUUGUGACUAAUGCUGUUGUUCACGCUGUAGUUGAAGAGCAGGGAUUAAAUCCCAAAGUUGUUGUCUUCAAGUAUAAGAAGAAGAAAAAUUAUCGAAGAAAUAUUGGUCAUCGACAGAAUGUCAUGGGUUCAAGUCAUCGAAACAGCCAGAAAAGGAGAGGCUCCAUAAAAUGGAGGAUGCUUCCCUUCCCACACACACGCCCAUGCACAUACACAGUAGGAAUCCAUUUUUACAUCAGAUAAUGGCCCAAUACAUUUCAAGAAGAAUGAAACCUAAUACAAGAAUAAGGAUAACAGGCAUCACAGGCUAUCAAGAAUAUCCAGCAGUUACGCUUGACUAGUAGGAUUCUUUAGAGUACUUGAUGACAUUCAAUAUUUUUUGAGAUUUCUUUUCUGUUCUUUGUUGUAUGUAGUUUCCUUUAUAGGGUUGCCUUUAGGUUGAGUUCUGAAUUCUCAUGAUGAAUUGUGAAAAAUUAAUUUCAAAUGAGCUACUUUGUGGAA